AUGUCGACCGGUUUGAAUAUUCCCCAGACCGGGCUGUCUCUCCACCUCGGAGAUCAGUCCGGUGAUCUUUCUGUCAAGCCAAAUCAGAUCAUGCGGUUGAAUUUGGUGCAGAGCACCCUCGAUGAUCUGAUUCAGAGCCUACGGAAGGAUCAACCGGCUCGAGUCCGGCUGGGAAAACACCCUUCACUUCACUAUGGGGGCAAAUCUCAAAUGUUCCAUGCGUAUCCCGAAACACACCGAUCUGAGAUCUACCAUAGCUCAUCCGAUAAAGAGACACUGUAUUUCACAGGGGUUUUAAGUCAUAGUCUCGAGGUUGAAAAGGCUAAAAAUGCUACCGCGGCCACCGAUCAGGCGCUGGCAGAUUUAGAAGAAAAAUUAAAUGCUCAUGAGAGAGGAAAGGAGUCGAAGAAGACUCACAUAAUCUCACAUCCGGAUGAGUUAAAGGCUCUGCGAGGCAGCAAGUCAGGCUACAAAGGUCCCACCACCAAAAUCGAACUUGAGAAAGAUCGUUUCCUCAAAACUGCUGCCAAUCGUUCUCUCACUGCAAGUCCUAUCUUGGGUGCUCCCAAGUCUCCCUCUCUCGCAAUGACUCCAACAUCUGCUCCAAUGAUGGAGAACAAAGAUCGUGCGAGGCUUGAAGCCCUCAAGGUUCCCUUCAUUCACCUUCUCGCCGUCCGUGCCGUAUCGGCCAAGUUUCUUGCUCGCCAAACCCGCACCACUGUCGAAGACUGCAUCGCCCUCGGCGAGAAAUUCGGCGUUUUGAACCGAAUCAACCCCGAGAAAUACAACCUCAAGGACAAGGUUUACAAGGAUCUUGAUUUGUUUGGCUUCAAUUACACCGAGGAGGACCGAAAGGAAGCCAUUGAGAAUUCAAUUUCUGCCUUCGAUCGCAUGCGCAUCUCUCGAUCCGACAAACUUUGGCAAACACUUCUUCCAAAGGCUGAACGAGGCAAGGGAAAGUGCCUUUCGCGUUUGAACCUUCGUACUGGCCCGCCCCAGAAACCUGCCGCCCCAAUCGCCAAAGCCAACGGGGAGGACUCGGGCAAGGACAAUGAGACCGACCGCGCCACAAAUGGAUCCACGCCUGCUACCAAGACUACUUCGACCUCGCAAAAGGCUCGCGACAAGGACCCAACCAAGCGACCCGCCAAAACCAAGAAUACCAACAGCACCCUGACCGGACGGAUUACGAAGAAGACUGGUGGGAAGGCCCCGGCCAAAGUGGACAGCAAGAUCAAGUCCGCGGAAUUCGUCCACAGUUCAGAUGAAGAUGACGAUACCGAUAUGCUUAAUAUUCCCCCUCCUGCGCCUGCUCCCGCCCCUGCUUCCGCGCCUGCACCAAAGCAGCAACCGAAGGAACACAAGCGGACUCCAUCCAAUUCGAAGCCCCCAGCACCGAAAAUCAAGGCACCGGCCAAGCCUCGCACCACCGAGACUGCUCCUGCUCCUGCUCCCAAGACUAAACCUGAGGUAUCAAAGCCUAAGCUUGAACCAUCCAAACCAGUCACCAAGGUUACAUCUUCCAAGCGUCCUCCCUCUCGACCCUCUACUUCACCGCAGAAGCCGUCUCCGCUUGGCUCCUCUCCUCCCGCCAAUGUUUCCGAUGCUACCAGUAGCAACCGCAGCCGAGCUGACAGUCAGAACCAAUCCUCUGGUUCAUCCUCGUCUUCGCCUCUCAUCUCUCAGCUGGCCAAAUCCACCAAGGUAGGCCGUGCAGCCCCUGCUGCUACCAAACUUGCCAAAGCUACUCCCCAGACCAACGGUAUCGCGAAGGCUACCCCGGCUACCCCGGCUACCACCAACCCAUUGAAGCGCAAGGCCGAGUCUGAUCAAUUGUCCGUGCCCCAGGCAGGACGUCCUACUGGAAACUUGGAAGCCAAGCGGCGCCGAGCGGUCAGCUCCUCCAGCGGUGGCAGCACCGGCAGUGCAUCUCCACCAAUGAGCUACGAGAUUCUGAGACAGCAGCUGCGGGAGAAGUCUCAGAAAUUCAAGAACUUUUACACCAAGUACCGCAACUUGCAUGACUCCCUUGCAGCACUCUCCAACCCGCCCCAGGUCGACCUCGACAAGCUGCAAAAGCAGCACAUUCAUCUGCAGCGCAUGAAGAAGGAAAUCUGGGAGGAAGAUAGGCAGCUUCGUGAUGGCCUUCACUCGUAA